AUGUCGUGGCCCGAUCUUUCUAACGACGUCUCCAAGUUAAUCUACGACAAACUUCAUCACCGCCUCGACAGAAUUAGGUUUAGCUUCGUCUGUAAGAGAUGGAACACAAUCCACCGGGAACUCAACACUCGGCCAUUCUUAAUGUAUUACAGUUCAUCUUCUACUGAUCAUCACUUCACUUUUCGAGGGCCGCCUCUAGAUCGAACAUUCUCUCGGAAAAUUAGGGUUUCUGCAGAUGUUAUUGCUUCAAAACAAGGAUGGUUGCUUAUAAAAGAUCGUGAAAAUCCAUUGUUAUAUUGCUGUAAUCCUUUCACUUGCAAUCAAAUUAAUCUUCCGAAAUUCGACCCCGGCGUAAACCCUAACGCGGUGUUUACUGCUCCGCCGAGCUCUCGUGAUUGUGUUCUUUUUGUUGUGGGAUCAACGGACGUCGGAUCGGAGUUUGUUACGAUUAAUUUCAUUCGGUGUGGCGAUCCGUAUUUUAGUUGGAAAAUAUUUAGGGUUAGAAAUAUUAGUGAUGCGGUUUCAUGCAAGGGUUUGGCUUAUCAUGAAGGGAAACUAUAUUGUUUUUUUGAUAGUGGUAAAUUAGGUAUUUGGAAAUUGAUAAACAAUGAUUGGACCGUCGUAGCAUCACCGUUAAAGCCGAUUCCGCAGACGGCGGCUCGGAUGACAACGACGUCAAGGAUAAUGACGAUGGUGAGAUCAUUGGGGAUUCAAUAUGAUUAUUUGCCACCAGGACCAUUUAAGGAAUAUCAUAUGAUGAACUGUGAAGGGGACAUUCUGGUCUUAUGUACUAGUAAAGGGUUUGUGCCAUUUUCAAUUUUUGAAUUGGAUACAAAGAAGAUGGAUUGGGUUAAUGUUACGAAUUUGAAGCAUAGAGCAAUAUUUUUUAAUGCAGGACGGAAUCGUUGUUCAUCGAUCGCAAUUCGUGCAGAUAAAUUAAGUUUGAGGAAUAAGAUUUUUUAUUUUUAUGAACAUGUAGGUUCUUACAUAUGGAUCUAUGAUUUGGAGACUCGAUCGCAUAGACUGUCUGAUUCAUAUCCUGACAAGCUUGAAGAUCUACAAGUUUGGAUUGAUCCCAUUUGA